AUGACGACGAGGACGACCUUGGACAGGCACGACAUUGGACCCGGAGUGGAGAUUCACUCGGUCGGAGGCUGUACCUGUACGGCAUCUCGGCGAAAAGACGCAUGGGUACGGUACUUUUUAGACCCAAAGGAGUCCAGGCACGAUCGAGGAGGGGCUUAUCGCAGCGGCGCUCUGAGAUACGGUGAGUGCGUAAGAGCGAGCGAUUUGUAG